ACUAUUUUACUUCCGGUUGGUAUAAAUUCACGAAGACGAGGAGAGGUUACUCAUAGGUAGGCCGAACAGCAAAGAACGGAGAGCACUUGAUAGCGUUACAGUAUCUACAAUGCCGGAUGAUUCCUCGAUAGCCCCUAGGGGAUGGCCUGAAAAUGUCGGAAUUUUGGCUAUGGAACUAUACGUGCCAAAAACGUACGUAUCGCAAGAGAGGUUGGAAGAAUUUGACGGUGUAAGCAAAGGAAAGUACACUAUAGGGCUUGGGCAACGUGGAAUGGGAUUCUGCAGUGACCGCGAAGACAUCAAUUCACUAGCACUAACUGUGGUACAAAAUCUACUAGAGAAAAAACACCUGGAUCCAAACAAGAUUGGAAGAUUAGAGGUCGGCACUGAGACUAUCAUCGAUAAAUCCAAAUCCGUAAAAAGUGUUUUGAUGCAGCUAUUUGAGGAUAGUGGAAAUACAGAAAUCGAGGGGAUCGACACCACAAAUGCUUGUUACGGGGGCACACAAGCUCUGUUUAAUGCAUUGUCUUGGAUUGAAAGUUCUGCUUGGGACGGUCGACUGGCAAUAGUUGUUGCUGCUGAUAUUGCAGUCUAUGCUGCGGGUAAUGCAAGAAGUUCCGGUGGGGCUGGAGCAGUUGCCAUGCUAGUUGGGCCGCAUGCCCCACUUGUAGUAGAAAGAGGUCUCAGAGGAGUGUUCAUGCAGCAUGCUUAUGAUUUCUACAAGCCAGAUAUGACUUCCGAGUACCCUGUGGUUGAUGGAAGGCUGUCAAUCAAAUGUUAUUUUAAUGCUGUUGAUCAGUGUUACAAAGCAUUCACUGAAAAGACUGCAAAAGUGGAAAAUAAAGAUAGUGUGGGCUUGGAGGACAUUGACUAUGUGGCUUUUCACACUCCUUUUUGUAGAAUUGUCCAAAAGAGUCUUGCGAGGAUGUACUUAGCAGACUUUUUAAAAGGCCACAAGCAAGGAACUAUAAAAGAUGAAGAAAGUCUUUUGCAUCCCUACAGAGAUAUCAAACUCAGUGAGACAUUCCAAGAUGAAAAUCUUGCUAAGGAGAUUGAGAAGACAUCUGUAAAAGCAUCCCAGGGGGUCUUUGAUGCAAAAGCUAGACCAUGCACACAUAUAGCACAGGAUGUUGGGAAUAUGUACACACCUUCACUCUAUGGCAGCCUGGUGUCUUUGCUAAACAUUGUGCCCGCCUCACAGUUAGCCGGCAAGCGCAUAGGCAUGUUCUCGUAUGGAUCUGGCUUAGCGUCUGCCAUGUUCUCAAUACGUGUAAGCCCCAAAAGUAGUCCCAGUUCCCCUCUGACAAACCUUGUGGGUUCCCUGAGUGACGUCCCAUCGCGCCUUGCGUGCCGCUCAGAAGUUUCUCCAAGUGAUUUUGUGGCCACGUUGGAACUCCGUGAAAAGACACACCACGCUUCGAGUUACGUGCCAAAGGGUUCCAUCGACAUGUUGUUUCCUGGGACAUACUACCUUGAGAGCGUCGACGACAAGUUCCGCCGGAAGUACGGCAGAGUGUCAUGUACUCCACAGAAUGCGGCUAGUGCUUCGAAUUGUUCUGAUAAAAACGGUCCUUUGCGGAUUUGAUUUUUUUUGUUUGUUAAAUGUUGUAAGCAUUGUUCGGUGGAAUACCAAAGUAGAAAUAUAAAUGAAGUCGUAGGAGUUGAAAAGUCAGGACGUGUCCACUAGAUAGGGGAAGACAAAAAACAUGAUCCCUGAUAGACAUUGCGAAUGUUGCUAAUAAAGAAAAUAAUGUUUUAACGACAAUUGAUUGGACAAUUACAAUUAAACAAGUGCAUUGGCCGUUGAAAUACAAAUAGAAUAAGUCUCGAUUCACCGUUGUGAUCUCGACAUGGUCUCAAACGCCGCUACAUUUUGGACAAUAUGAAAAGUCUUGAGGAGACCAUUCUAUUUUUUGCGCAUAUUACUGAAUAAAACUACACAAAAUUGUU